CGCAUGCAGUAGGCGGCGCCCUCGGCUCCGCCGCUCUCGGCACGAGGCUGCAGCUUCAGUCACAUCAUGUGCACCAGGCCAGAGCCAGCAACCCUCUGCCGCUAGAGCCCCAACCACCCCUCACUCAAGGUUAAGAGCGGUGAACGUACAUCUCAGCAAAAUGAGACCUCCGCUGGUCGGACCGUACACGGUGUUGGCUCAGGAUACAAAAGGGUGCUUCCACCUGCACGCGAGGACUGCCGCCAUUACAGCCGCCAUUUACACGACGAGUAUCUCCAUACUGGUGGUGCUAAUCUACAGCUGGCGGAUCAGCGUCAACCAGGCCAAAUUCACCGAGCUCGAGGACGUCUAUUAUGGUGUACAAAUUGCCUACUUCGCGAUUAUUGGCACUCAACUCUUUAUGAUGCUGCUCAGCGUUGUUCUGCUCGUCGGAGUGCUUAAGGAGAAGGCCGGCCUGGUGGCUCCCUGGAUUAUGGGCUGCGUGGCUUUCUUGGCUCUCGAGGCGGUCGCCAUGGUUUAUUCAAAUGUCCUCAGAGACCACGUAAACAGGCAAUUCGACGCCAUCUGCAAAGCCGAGGUGGUAUUCUAUUUGUGCAGAGCCGUGUUAAGCGUUGUGGCCCUGAGCGGCGUGAUGCGGUUCUACCACCUGAUGAAGGCGGGCGUCACGUGGAAGGGGCCUGAGUCGAUCGAGCUCUGAGGCCGGCGGCGCGGAAGUUGCGGAAGUGACUGUUCGCUUCUCUCUUCCACCAGCCACUCGUCGGGACCCCAGCCCGUCUAAUAGCUAACCUGAUGUUGAGUGUGCGCUUCUGGACAAUGGACCUGACCCCGAGUAUGACUCAGGUGCACCUACAUAUCGAUGUUCCUCAAUGUUCUACAAGAAUGACGUUCCAAAUACCGAAAAAUGGUUAAAUCAUAUCAGUUUUAAAUUAGAUCUUUUUAAAUUGGAACUCAGAAUCCGUUUUGAAAAUUUGUUCAAUAAAUAUUUCUUCAAAAUCAGGCACCAUGCCUGAGUCGAAAUACCGUCGCACGGACGCACACGCAGAAAUAAGCAUUUGAUUACUGUCGCGAUUGAAUGUUGGAGCGGAAUGAGCGAAAAUGUUAAUAAAAUUGAAUAUGCUGCGCCACGUGAGUAUGCAACAAAGCCAGAGAAUAUUUUGUAACGGCCAGAGUGACAGAAAACGUGCUCGAGUGUCGACAGAGAGAAAUUUAUUUUGGAAUUAUAAUUUUCUAUAAUUGAGCGCAAAGAAGUAGCAGUUGUGAGAGGUAUAUUGUGAAAAAAGCAGAAUUUCAGUGUUGUUAUAGAUGUCACUGCAAUUAAAUAGUCUCCUUUGUGGAAUAUCACGCUUGGAGA